AGAAAGAGGGAGACCACUCUUGACAUGUACACUUAGCAACCAGCAAGCAGUUUCUUCAUCAAUUGAAACCAAAUGCCAACCUCUUCUAGUCUCUUCUUCUUCUUCUUUGUCUUCUACAUUUUCAUCUCCUUAUCCUUGACAGAUGGCAUCCAACUCAUACUAGUAAACGACUGUCAGGAAAGCAUAUGGCCUGGAAUCCUGGGCAGUGCAGGCCAUGAGACUCCCAGAGAUGGUGGGUUCCAUCUCCCCUGUGGUGAACAGACUGUCCUGGAAUUACCUGAACGAUGGUCAGGUAGAAUCUGGCCUAGACAAGGCUGCUGUUUUGACCAAACAGGCAAAGGUUCAUGCCAAACUGGAGAUUGUGCGGGGCUUUUGCAAUGCAAAGGCAUUGGAGGAAACCCACCAGCAACUCUUGUUGAAAUGACACUUGGGGGUCCAACAUCUGCUUUACAUUACUAUGAUGUGAGUUUGGUUGACGGAUUUAAUGUUCCUGUCUCAAUGGUUCCAAUAGGUGGUGGUGUGGGAUGUGGGGCGGCAGCUUGUGAGGCUGAUCUGAAUGUUUGUUGCCCUGCUGCCUUGGUUGUGCAGAAAGAAGGGAAAAUAGUGGGUUGCAAGAGUGCAUGUUUAGCUGCAAAAUCUGAUAGGUAUUGCUGCACUGGAGAGUUUGCCAAUCCCAAAAGUUGCAAACCUACCAUUUUUGCUAAUCUUUUUAAGGCCAUUUGUCCCCGGGCUUAUAGCUACGCUUUUGAUGAUUCUUCAAGUCUUAAGACUUGCAGGGCUCCUCGCUAUCUCAUUACCUUCUGCCCUCCUAAUUGAUGAUGUGCACCACCUGUCUAUCGUGGUUCGAGUUUUUAGUCUGUCAUGAGUAAUUUAUGUCUGAGUUGAAGCUGAUAAGAAAUCUAGGACUCUAGAUUAGAAUAAAAGAGUAGAAAAUUUGGUAGAUUGUUAAAAUUGUGGCUUCAUUGUAUGUUCAUGUAUUGAUUUCAUGGUAGAUGAUGAUCCUUUCUGUGAUUAUUUUUAUGUUUUUAUCUGUUAACUGUUCUCUUUUUGCUUCAUUGGUAGAAA